AUGGUUUCAAUUGGCUGGAUCGCAGUAAUUAUGAUGUUGUUUGUAUAUGGCAGUAAAACAACAGAUGACAAUACUUAUUUACGAGAACUGAGAAACGAAAACCAGAAUUGGAACACGCCACAUCCACAAUUUAGAGAUUUCCGGCGUUGCAGAUGGAAAUUGUGCCCGCACCUGAACCAGCCAAAUCCUUGGAGCUUCUUCUGGCGG